GCCAUUUGUGAUUACCAGGGAUUUGUGUACGGAUGUAUUACGGAGCCCGUUAUGUCUAUACAGAACAAUAAAACUGAGGAGACCGAUGACAAGUGACACCACAGAGGUUUUAAUUUUAUAACAGUUCGAUAAGAAAUAUACCACACAGACGGGCAGAUACGAGAUUUAUACAUAAUAAAAAAUAAAGGACUACAGGAAGACGCGCGCGCUGUUGAAAGUUUCAUCGAUCUGCGCGCGCUCGCCGAGAGAUGCUGAGUUGAGUUCGCGGGGUCUCGCGGAAGGGCGCGAAUCCUCCGUAACGGUUUCUCGGUGGAUGUACUUUUUAUUUUGUGUCGUGAGCGGAGUUCAGUCCGGUGCUGUUGUCUGAAAUGUGAGCCCGUUACCGGAUUCCGAGGCUGUGCAAAGCGCAAUGACAGCUCUAGGAGGGGUCAGCGGUCCCAUUUCUGAGGUCAUUACAGAGCUGAAUUCAGAGCGCGGCCCACAGAUGCAUUAAAACGCAAAGCUCCAUCCAGAAGACCAGAACGCUUGGAGACUACGCACUCCUGUUCAUGGAGGGCCGCUUGAUCCUGCUGUUAUUUCUGGGGGCGUACCUGGUCCUCCUGGCUGCUGAGGUGCACUUGAUUACAGGCCAAGGCAUCUACAUCAACACGUGGGCCGUCCAUAUUGAAGGGGGGGUCGAGGAGGCUGAAAGGAUUGCACAAAAGCAUGGUUUCGUCAGUCACGGGCAGGUUUUCGGGGAUUUCUAUCAUUUCCAGCACAGAGGUGUGGUGAGGAGAUCUUUGUCCAGCCAUAGAGGGGUUCAUGUCCGACUGCACACCGAGCCACAGGUGCUUUGGGCAGAGCAGCAGAUUGCCAAGCGGAGACGCAAGAGAGACAUUCACAUGGAACCCACAGAUCCCAAAUUCCCCCAGCAGUGGUACCUGUACAAUCCCAGCCAUGGAGACCUGAAUGUGAAGGAGGCUUGGGCUCAAGGGUUCACUGGGCGAGGAGUGGUCGUGACCAUUCUAGAUGACGGCAUUGAGAAGGACCACCCUGAUCUGGCCAAAAACUAUGAUCCUGACGCCAGUUAUGAUGUGAAUGACAGAGAUCCAGACCCUCAGCCCAGAUACACACAGCUGAAUGACAACAGACAUGGCACACGUUGUGCCGGCGAGGUGGCAGCAGCAGCGAACAAUGGCGUCUGCGGAGUGGGUGUGGCUUACAAUGCCAAAAUUGGAGGUGUGCGCAUGUUGGAUGGAGAGGUAACAGAUGUUGUGGAGGCUCAGUCUCUAAGCUUGAACUCCCAGCACAUCCACAUUUACAGCGCCAGCUGGGGCCCAGAGGAUGAUGGGAAGACAGUGGACGGCCCUGCCAAACUGGCCAAAGAAGCUUUCCUGCAGGGAGUCACAGAGGGUCGAUCUGGGCUUGGAUCCAUCUUCGUUUGGGCAUCGGGUAAUGGAGGGCGAGAGCGGGACAGCUGCAACUGUGAUGGAUACACCAACAGCAUCUACACGCUCUCCAUCAGCAGCACCACACAGUACGGCAGCGUGCCAUGGUACAGCGAGGCCUGUUCCUCCACUCUCGCCACCACCUACAGCAGCGGAAACCUCAACGAGAAACAGAUCGUAACAACAGACCUGAGGAAGAAGUGCACAGAUUCGCACACGGGCACGUCGGCAUCGGCUCCCCUGGCCGCCGGAAUCAUCGCUCUCGCUCUGGAGGCCAACAUGAACCUGACCUGGAGAGACAUGCAGCAUCUCGUGGUGAGAACCUCACGUCCCGCCCACCUAAUAACAAACGACUGGAGGACCAAUGGUGUGGGCCGAUUAGUGAGCCAUUCUUACGGCUACGGUCUGCUGGAUGCUACUGCAAUGGUCGCUUUGGCCCAGAACUGGACCAGCAUGGGGCCGCAGCACAAAUGUGUCAUUAAUAUGCUGACUGAGCCCAGGGACAUAAAGAAUCACCUGACAUUCAGCAGAAGUGUGGAGGCCUGUUCGGGUCAGCCGGAUUUUGUGAGCUCUUUGGAGCACGUGCAGGCCAGACUCACGCUCUCCUAUAACCACAGAGGAAACCUGGCUGUUCACCUCAUCAGCCCGCUGGGGACUCGUUCCACAUUGCUGGCUCCACGGCCACAGGAUAACUCAGCCGAAGGAUUCAACGACUGGGCGUUCAUGACCACUCAUUCCUGGGAUGAGGACCCUCGUGGAGAAUGGACCCUGGAGAUUGAGAACGUGGCUGGACUUAAUGACUACGGCGUUCUUUCUCAGUUCACUCUCAUCUUAUACGGCACUGGCUCUAGUGCCACAGAUCCGUCCGUUUCUGACUACACCAGACCUUCAAACAACAGCUGCAAGACCUUCGACACACAGCAGAUCUGCAUUGAAUGCAGCACGGGUUUCUCUCUUUUCCUGCAAGGCUGUGUGAAGUCCUGUCCUCCGGGCUUCAUCUCUGGGCCGCAGGUGCUCAACUUGUCGUUGGACAACUGGGUGGAGCACUCGACUGUACAGGCGUGCCUGCCCUGCCACCCGGCCUGCCUGACGUGCUCCGGCUCCGGAGAGAACGAGUGUCUGUCCUGCCCCCCACACAGUCACUUAGUGGCCACUUCUUGCUUGCACCAGAACCAGGUGCAGAGAAAAUCCCCCAGCAUUCCCGUGAUCCAGCACGAGGCGGAUUCCAGCUCGGAGGAAUCAUUGCGUGAUCCCGGGCUUUCCUCCAGAUUGCCGGCGCUGGUGGCGGUGCUCAGCUGUGCCUUCAUCCUGGCCACUUUUGCAGCCGUUUUUGUGCUGCUUCAGCUGCACUCCGGUGCAGCCAGCGCCCCCUUCUGUCGGAGGACCAAACUGCCAGUGAUCGACACAGGCCGAGGGGGGAUUCGAGUGGGUUUUGGGUUUGGACUCAACCGGGGGAAAGUGUCGUAUCGGGGGAUUCCCACUGUGUGGGGGGAUGAGGAUGCGGCGGGAGGGAUGAACUCUGAGUCGGACAGCGAAGAGCUGGAAUUUCACAGCGAAAAAACUGCUUUUAUACGAACUCAGAGUGUUCUUUAACGCCCCCUGUGGGCCUUUUUUAACAUCUGUCUUCCUCAUGCCAGGAUACAGAACUAGUCUGCACUAUUCAGACUGUGUGUGUGUGUGAGAAAUGUGUAUAUGAGAGAUAAUGGUGCAGUUGACGUGUUUGACCCGAAUGCGAUUAAACCCAAGACAUCUCC